AUGUUUCAGCCUCAAACAUCAGAAAUUUACAUGGAAACCCCCAACUACGUCACUAUCCUACAGCGCAUUACCGAAAUUCUUCUAACCAAUCCACAGCACCCACAAGAUCUAUCCCGAGAAACUCUUCUCCUCCCACUUUUUACAGCACUCGACCUAGCCGCCACCAAACCCACCAAUCCUUUCAAUCUUUCCACCACCCGUCUCCAAUGGCACGCCCGUCUCACCCGUACACUAACCCAAACUCUUCUCACCCGCCCCGAAUCAUCCAUCCAUCGCCCCCUUCUCCUCUUCCUCCUCAACUCUCCCUUUUAG